AUGGAAACUCCAAAUGAGAGGGCAGACUCUAUUCCAAGUGGCACCCUUGCCACAGCACGCCAGGCCUUCGGGGAUCUUUUCAUCUGGAAACAGCGUGUCGAGAUCACCAAUGAGCAUGGAGAGACCUACGCUGAGUGGCAAACUCCAGAGCCCAUCAAGAACCCUAUCAGCUUGAUGGCACAACUUUCAGCUCGAGACUGGGUAUUCUUCCUGGUGGGCCUCCUGGCGUGGACUGCCGAUGCCUUCGAUUUCCAUGCCCUCUCCAUCCAAACAGUCAAGCUGGCAAAAUACUAUGACAGAAGCAAAACAGACAUUACGACAGCAAUUACUCUGACCUUGCUGCUGAGGAGUGUCGGAGCUGCAUUCUUCGGUUUUGCCGGUGACAAGUACGGUCGUAAAUGGCCCAUGGUGAUCAACAUGAUCGUUUUAGGUCUAUUGCAAGUCGCUACCAUUUACAGUCAGACGUUCCAGCAGUUCCUGGCUGUGCGUAGUCUGUUUGGUCUUUUCAUGGGUGGCGUUUAUGGAAAUGCUAUGGCGAUGGCAUUAGAACAUUGCCCGGUCAAUGCGAGAGGACUCAUGUCUGGAAUCCUUCAACAAGGUUAUUCCAUGGGAUACGUGUUUGCAGCGUGUGCCAAUCUCGGUAUCGGUGGUGAGACAGAGAGUUGGAAGACUGUGUUCUGGAUCGCAGCCGGUCUCUCAAUUGGCGUUGGUCUAAUUCGAAUCUGCUUCCCCGAGUCAAACAUGUUGGGUAAGGAGUGGCGCAUGUGCAUCUACUGCAUCAUCCUCAUGACCUGGUUCAACUACUACUCCCACACAUCCCAAGACUCGUACACCACAUUCAUGCUCACAGCGAAGGAGCUCGAUAACGCGGGUGCCUCGCGGGCUUCCAUUCUGAUGAAGACAGGAGCCUGUGUAGGUGGUACCAUUAUCGGUUACUUGUCCCAAUUCUUCGGUCGUCGCCGAGCAAUCAUCUUCGCUGCCCUUGUUUCCGGAAUUCUCAUCCCCGCAUGGAUUCUUCCCGAGGGCGAAGCAUCUCUGAGUGCAUCAGGAUUCUUCAUGCAGUUCUUCGUUCAGGGUGCAUGGGGUGUGAUUCCCGUCCAUCUGAACGAGCUAUCUCCCCCUGCCUUCCGUUCUUCCUUCACCGGUCUGACAUACCAAAUUGGAAACAUGAUCUCCUCGCCAUCGGCGCAGAUUGUGAAUGCGAUCUCUGAAUCCAACAGCGUCACCAGCAAAUCCGGCCAUCGUGUGGAUGCCUACGGACCUGUGAUGGGAAUCGCCACUGCCAUCAUUGCUCUCGGUAUCAUGGUCACUACUGCUAUUGGCCCUGAGAAGCGUGGUCGCCGCUUCGAAAGUGUUGUAGCUGCAGUUGAUGAGACAGCCGAAGCCAAAAACAUGGAUCUGGAAACAGGUACUAUGGAGGAUAAGUCACAGGGAGAGACUAUCGAAAUGGCGGAGGAGAAAAAGUGA